GGACAAGCAGCCAAUAGAAAUGGAAAGAGGCAAGAUCGUCUCCGAGUUACAGGCAGGCAGCCAGUAGAUGGAAAGGGACGGACAGCGCUUCUGAGUGACGGUGCAAUUAGUUGUAGGAAGGGGUGGGGACCCUCUCCAAGUGACGGUUGAAUUAGCCAGUGCGAAAGCUCCGCUAUAGGAUCUUUGGCGUGAAGGGCAUGGGGCGGGACGGUGCUGUGCCAGUGUUGGUUGGAUGAGGCUGUUUGGACCAAAGAUCUCAAAGCGUCUGCUCGAAGAUCUUUGGUUUGGACGCGGCGACGAUGAGCGGGGACCGCGCGGUUCGGUUCCUGCACCGGGCGCUCCGGCAUCACGAUGCACGAUCCUUGGAGAAGUGGUUGAAGCGAGAAGACCCCAACCUGGUCUUGCCGGAUGGGACAGCAGUCUUGCACCUCGCCUGUGGGCAGGAUACGGAGGCUGCACUCUGGUGUGUGAAGCUGCUCCUGCAGCAGGGCGCAGACCCCAACGUCAGAUCGUCUGAGGAUCUCACUCCGCUACAUGUCGCUGCCUCCUGGGGGUGCAUCAAAUGCGUGAAACUGUUGCUUAAAAACGGAGCAGACCCGACGCUCGUGGACCAGGACGGGCAGAGCGCCGUUGACUUGGCCCGGGAACACGGACACGUGAGGUGCUGCCAGCUUCUGCUGCAGUACCGAGACUACACUGUGCUGGAGGACUCGUGGGAAAAUGGUCCCGUCUUGCAAUACGUGGGCUUCUGGAGAGUGAGUAGCGGUCUGCACUCCUUUGCUGUUGGUGCCCAGAGUCGUGUCACCGACGCCCACAGGACCACCGGCCUCCCCAGAGUACGAGAGGAAUCUCCCACAGCCAGAGGAACGCGGCACUCCCUGGCCGGCAGUGAGUGGGAGGUGGUGCCCAGCUCCCCUGGACGCGGGCAGGGAGCGAGGAGCAGCUCGGUGGGUGACCCGUUGGGAGAGGUUACGUCAGUCUGGGCCCGGGGUGUAUCGGCAGCAGCAGAGUCACAGAGUUUGUGCAACCCCGCCGACAUUCCUGCGGGUGGGGACGAAGACAGAUGUGUCGGUGAAGCCAGCGAACCUCUGCCAGAGAGCUGCGUGUUGUCCAGUACACGCCUCUCCAACGCCGGGCGCUGUGUAGAGCAGACUUUGAACGGAUUGGACUCAACAGCUGACAGAGCGGGAGACCCGACCCCAUCCAACCACGACCUUGCUGCAUCUCCCCAGCUCCCUCUGGCUUUGAGCCCCGGACCAGACACUUCAACUGAUGACGAGAGCUUUCUGCCUCCAUCUGCAGCAGGAGCCCCUCACCCUGUGUGCCAGGGGUCCCAUACCUCCAUCUCCCCUCAGUCUGCGAUCAAUGGGUCUGAUACCACCAUCUGCCCUCACCACGACACCCAGCCGCUCCCAGACAAAUGUUUUGGUGACCAGUGCUCUCCGCCCGUGCAGCGCGCUGACCAGUCUAGCUGCGUUGAGUGGCUCUCCGAGUUGGACUGUACCUGUGCUCCGUCUGUGAGAUCCCAAGCCAGCCAGUUACCCUGGAAUCCCCGGCGCAUGGGAUUGUCCGACUCCGAGCAUCGAGCGAGGUCGCCCAGGGGUGAUGGCACCGACGGGACCUCCCCAGACUAUACCCGUGGGCGUUUCUUACUCGACCAGGACAAAGCUAACGAGGCUGGUUUGGGCUGUGCUAAUGCCCCAGAUAAUGACAACUCGUCCCUCGGCCUCCAGGAGGGGGCUGGUUACUCGGGGAGCUCUGAUCUCACCUACUGCAGCUGUGACAGUGGGUGCGAGGUGUUUGCCAGCGCGAUGGUAAGCUUCAGCUACCGGCCGCAGCCGGACCAGGAACAUCCGGCGAUGCCGCCGGACCCGGGCUGCCCCUCAGCACCAGCCGCUCACUGCGACGCAUCCGUCUUGCGGUGCCCACGUCGAACAGUAUCGGACUGGCCCCAUACCCAGCCUGGCCGUGAAACUCCGCAGGAUUGCAUGGACUCCGAGCAGAUUCCUCGAUUCGGGGAAGGCGGGGCGAUUGGGGAGAGGUCCGGAGACAUCCCUUGGACAGAAGGUCUCACACAACCCGUGUGCGGUCUGAGGCCCCCGGCAUGGCCUGGCAUUGCCGGACUCUUGCCUGGCGCCCAGUCCGACCAUGGCAGGAGUAGUCAAGCCGGGGGACCCGCCCUCAACCACGGCGGUCCGUGCCGGGAUAGGUCAAUGUCGGUCGGGGAACUCCCAUUGACGCUCGACGGUGAAGGUGGAUGGGACUCAGUAAUGGCAGCCAAGAGCACCGAGGACCAGGGUCCCAAACAGGAGGAUGGUUCAGUGGCAGGUCAGGUGGAAGACCAAGCUUGUCCACGAUCCUCGAUACAUCCCAACCGGUCAUCUCCUGGGGAAGGUGCAGGUGGUGACCCUGGUUCUGAGAGGAGGUCCAAGGAGGUCAGGUCUCUGGAGGGAGGGUCGUCACUGGGGGACGAGGGGCGGCUGUCUCCUUUUGUCACUCUCCGCAGCAAGAGACGCUUGGCCAACCGGGGGCGGCAGACCCCCGAGUUCUCCCUCUUCGACCAGAGUGUUCCCAUGGCGACCCGGACUAGGAGGAUCCGCACCCGGCCCGAGAGGGGGGGUGGGGGUCUGUCCGGCUACUCCAGCCCCCAGCGCGACACGUCGUGGACCGGCGGAGAUGGCGAACGUUCACCCCCACUCACCCGCUCCUCCUCCGGAGAGGACGCGGACUUCGACACCGUCCCGUUUCUCCGGGGUGAGGGGGCAGCGAGGGGCAGGGGGUCGGCUAGUUUUGACACCGUCCCGUUUGUCUGGGGCAGGGGUGAGGGGUUAGCUGGUCCUGCCCAAGGUCAGAAGGCAGAGUUGAGCCGGAACACGAGGUCGACUAGUGCUGUCGGGGGUCCCAGCGGUGCGAUGGACUGGGGCGGGGGGUUAGCUGACCCUGUCCAGGGUCAGAGGGCAGAGUUGGGCCAGGGCGGUGGGGUAUCCGGUUUUGUCCAGGGUCAAAGUGAGGGGUCAGAGAUGAGCCGGGACGCGGGGUGGACUGGACCUGUCAGGCGUUACGGUCAAGGGGAAGGGUUGGGCAGGGAUGAGGAGUUAGCAGCCCUGGGGCAAGGGGUGGGGUUGGGCCGGGGCAGUGGGGUAGCUGGUUCUGCCCAGGGCCAGAUUCAGGGGGUGGAGUCCUACCAGUUUGUGGCAUCAACUGGUUCUGCCACAGUCCCGCCCGGUGAGGUGGGUCCCGUGGAGAGGGGAUUUGGAGCCUUGCCGCCAUCGUACACUGAGAGUGCCGGCGGUAAUGGCCGGGCGGGGACGCCGGUGCUCUCUAACCCCGGGAAACCCGAUGGGUGUCUGAGGGUGCCAGCGUUCCCCAGGCCGCUCGGCGAUCCGACCCAGGGUGGCAGCAAGGCCAGCGGCUCUGGGCCGAAGGGGUUCGAGACCCAGUCGGAGGGUGGGACUGAGGGUUACCGCCCCCGGUCAUGCAGCCCUUCCCCACGGCCGCUCGCGAGCCGUGUCCUGAGUGGGGGGCUGGAAUGGCAGAGACCGCAGGGACCCCCGAGGCAGCCUCCUGUCCCUGUGUCGCUCAGCGGCGAUGUGAGCGAGGCGGUGGAGUACCUAUAUACGGACACGGAGGGCAGCCACGGCCUGAUUGAGUGCUGCUACCCCAGCGGAGAGCCUAGCCUCUGCCACCCCGAUACCCUUGAACCCAGCCUCUGCCACCCUUCUACCCCCGAGACCAGCCAAUCCCGCCACCCUGCCUCCGACUCCGAAACCACCCUGGUCUAUGACUGGAGGAGCUACCGGAGCAGCCGGGGUGGUCCCGGGGGCAAGGAGAACGUCCAGCCCAGUGAUCUGCUUCCAAGCCAGACCAGUCCAAACGACCGGCAUCCGAGACGGACCAGUCCGAGCGGCGUCUGUUCAAGUGACCCCAGUCCAGGGAGCCCGUGUCAGAGCGACCCCUGUCCGAAUGGCGUGAGUCGGAGCCAGUCGAGUCCAAGUGCCCAGCCUCCAAGCAACACCAAACCGAGCGGCCCGCGUCCAGCCCUGGCCGAGGUGUCGCCGCGGUUGCUGCUCCUCUCCAACAGCCAGAUCCUACAGCAGUUACGGGAAUGCGGCCAUGAUCCCGGGCCCGUCACCGACCACACCAGGACCGUCUACUUGCUGCGUCUGCACCGGGCACGGAGGGAACCCCGGCGACUGCCGGCACCAGGCUACAGUCCUGAGCUGGCUCGGAGUUUGGACAAGUACCAGUUCCCGGACUGCAGUCAGGAUGAAAUGGCUUUAGUGCAGCAAUUCGACCAGCCCGAUCCAAGUCGCAAGUGGCGGGAGGGUCUGGUCAAGUCCAGCUUCAACUACCUUCUGCUGGACCCCAGGGUAACGAGGAACCUGCCCAUCCGCUGUCACUCGCUGGGCUCCGCCGAGUGUUUCCGCACGUUUGUCAGCGCCAUCUUUUACGUGGGCAAAGGCAAGCGGGCACGGCCAUACUGCCACCUGUAUGAAGCACUGACUCACUUCAAACAUGACAGUCGGAAGAUGAACAGCCGGCUGCAGCACAUCGUGGAGAUCUGGGGCUCGGGCUGCGGCGUCAUCUCUCUCCACUGUUUCCAGGGUGUGAUCCCGGCCGAGGCCUACACCCGUGAGGCGUGCAUGGUGGAUGCGCUGGGCCUGGAGAUGCUGACCAACAGGAAGCGGGGCAACUACUACGGCGUGGCCACCACCUGGUCACAGCGGCGCCGGCGGCAGCUCGGGGUGCUCAUGCUGCGGAGAGCCAUGGACAUCUUCCUGGCCGAGGGCGAGAGGCAGCUCCGGCCCGCCGACGUCUAGACCUGGACAGGGAAGAGGGGGGGGGUGUCGGCGGGCUGGAGCUGCCUCUCGCUGCGGCCCGGCCCCUUUCACCAGGGCUCUGUGUGACUAGGGGCAGAGGGACAGCGCUCCUGCAUUUCCUGCCGAUUUCCAUCACUAGUGCCCAUUCUUCCCGGGCCUGCGGAUUCCGAGACCCCGUCCCACCGUGCGUGUGGAAGUUUUAACGUUUUUAUAGUUUUAUAUUGUUUUUAAACACUCACCCUAUUUACUCCCUGGAGGGGUAGGUGGGUCUGGUGCUGAUGGAGGCGGCCUGGGUAGAACAACAACACACAUCCCCCAGACCGGGCGUACCCAAUGCAGUGGCGCCAUCGCCGUGACUUCUCCUGUUUCUCCGCCUUCCUCUACCUCACAGCGCCAGAGACCCAGGUUCAAUCCUGACCUCGGCUGCUAUCUGUGUGGAUGGGCUUCCUCCCAUAUCCCAAAGAAAUGCAGGUUUGUAGGUUAAU